GUGAAAGGAAGCGGUUUCUUUUCAACACGCAUGUUUCUCCCAAUUCUGUUUCUAUGUACUUAGCGAGUUCUCGGUGUCCCUUUUUUUCGAUGAUGUCGUUGUACAGUAAAAUAAUAUAUUAUUAAAUUAUUAAUUAUUAUAUAUACACACACAUAUAUAUAUAUAAGAGUCUAUUUUAAUUUUUCAUUUAUUAAAAGAAGCGAAAAAAGUUUUUUCUGAGCAAUUAUGAUACAAUUUUGGAAAAAAUAUUCAAAUCCAUAUUAAUUCUUCGAAUAAGUUAAUUUAAAUCGUCAAUAUAUUUAAUUUUUUCGAUGCUGAAUGUAAUUAUCUGAGAGGGAAUAAUUCUUUCCACUGAAAGAAUUCGAAGAGCGGCGCACGUUUUUCGGAGGAUUCUCCCGCGGCUAUCACGCACAGUUCUCCAUUCUGUUUCUAUGUAAAGUUCUCUAUACCUCUUUUUUUCGAUGAUGUCAUUGUAGAGUAAAACAAUAUAUUAAUAAAUUAUUAAUUGUGAUGUAUAUAUAUAUAUAUAUUUGUAUUAUAAUAUUUAUUAAAUAAUUAAAUUAAUUACUUAUUUAAUUUUAAUAUUAAUUAAUUCAUUAAUUGUAAUUCAUAUAUUUUUAUUUAUUUUAAUAUAAACACGAAAGAGAGAAAGAGAGGUUUCUUCUGUAACUAUGUUACAAUUUAGAGAAGAAUGUCGAAAUUCAUAUUAACUCUUCAAAUCAAUUAAUUCCAGUAAUCUCAACAUAAUUGAUUUUUUCUUUUUCAAUGAUAAACGUUAUUUUGUGAAAGGAAACGAUUCUUUCCGCCGAGGGAAUCCGAUAGAGCGGCGCGCGCUUUUCGAAAGAUUCACCCGCGGCUAUCACGCGGUGCGGCUCUCCACAGUUCUGUUUCUAGGCACACUUGGCGAGUUCUCACUCCCCUCUUCUUCUUUCUCCGCGGCGUGGUGUCGUCGUCGUUUCCCUUCUGGCGAAGGGGCUUUUGUAUCGCCUCUCUGUCUCUGGCACUUCCUGUGUUCCGCCACAACACGUUCACCUGUCUACCCUGCCACCUGCCUCCGUUGGUUACUUUAGGUACAUACGUACGUAUAUUACCUACAUGUAUGUACGCCGUCGUCGCGCCGCGCCGCCGAGCGUGAUAUCCCGGGGGACCUUAGUUUCGCCUAAGCGCGCGGUGGGGUCGCGAUCUCGCGUGCACGUAUUAUACGUACACGUCGCAUGGUGCACGUACGUACGUAUAACGUAUAACGCGAGGUAAUGCUACCGCACGCGAUUGUGCAGUCGACUUUACGCUGUCGCGCGAGCGAGCUCUCUUUCCUCGUCGUCGUCGUCGUCAUUCCGAUAAGCAGGGACGAGGGCCGGACGAUAGAUAGACGAACCAGGUUCGACGAACUCCGGCGCGACAUCGCUUCCCCCGGGCAGUCUCGCGGGGAUCAGUCAUCCUCGCGGCACUCGCCGGUAUUUCGUAAGUAAACGAAGCUCCUCCGAUCCGCGCCGAAUCAGAUUGAGCGAUCUCGGAGGUGAGCAUCGCGGACAGUUUGAUAUAAAUGCGAAGAGUAAGAGGCGAGGCUGAUGUAUGUGUAAGUUCAAGGGGAUGAAAAAUGAAUUUGGGAUAAACUUGUUUCUAAGUGCAAUCGAAAAGAGACUUUGGAAGCAAGAUAUACGACCCGGUGAUCACUGCGAGAACUUCGUGAUUACGCUUGACGAUUUGCAAUAUCCAACCAAUUGGCUGUUGUAUUGUUAGAGAGCUAUCAGUAUUCGUACAUCUCGUCUGCUUCUGGUUCUACAACGCGAAUGCAUCAGCCUAUAAUGUCAACCGGAUAUCCGAAACGAUGGUGCGCGGUCUGUCGCAGUGGACCAAGACCCUGAGCUUCCCGGCGAGGGUGUCACCACAGAGACCCGCCAAGGAGUCCAAGGUUUUCCACGUAAGCCCUAGUGCUAGCCCCACGUCGCCGCCCAGCCCGAUCAACGACACCAUGGACAAAGCGCCUAUAAUUACCGACGAGAACUUCCAAGACACGGAGGCUGAGAAGGCAAUAAUGGGCUCCAUCGUAUACUGCAUACAUCACAAGGACGGCUGCAAAUGGUCGGACGAGCUGAGGAAGUUGAAGGCGCACCUGAACACGUGUAAACACGAUGCAGUUCCUUGCGGCAAUAAAUGCGGAGCGAUGAUUCCUCGCGUACUAAUGGAGGAUCAUCUGAAGUAUACCUGCGCCCAGCGCAGAGCCCGUUGCGACUUUUGUGCCAAAGAAUUUACCGGACACACUUUAGAGAAACACACGGGGACUUGCGGUUACGAGCCUCUUUAUUGCGAAAACAAGUGUGGCAUGAAGGUGCAGAGGCGACACCUCGGCCAACAUAAACUGGGAGAGUGCGCCAAGAGACUAGUCGCCUGUCGUUACUGUAACAAAGAAUUCGUUUUCGAUACGCUUGGCGCUCACCACGCGAAAUGCGGUCGAUUCCCAGUUGCAUGUCCUCAUCGUUGCGAAACCGCGGUGCUGCCCCGCGAGGAUCUCGAGGUUCAUCUGAAGGAUCAUUGCACCACGCAUCUACUUUCCUGUACGUUCAAGGACGCCGGUUGCCGCUUCAAGGGUAAUAGGUUCUCGCUGGAUAAGCAUCUGGAAGAAUCCGCAAAGAUGCAUUUAAGUCUCAUGUGUAGCCUGGUGACAAAGCAGCAACAUCAAAUAACCAGCUUAAAAUCGGCGAUUAGCAAGUUAUCGUUAAAUUACACGGGCACACUUAUAUGGAAAAUUACAGAUUAUGCUGCCAAAAUGUCUGAAGCAAAAGCAAAGGAAGGAAUGGAGCUCAUCAGUCCACCUUUUUAUACUAGUCAAUAUGGAUAUAAAUUACAGGCUUCCAUUUUCUUAAACGGAAAUGGGACUGGGGAAGGCAGUCACAUUUCGAUAUACAUAAAAAUCCUACCCGGUGAAUAUGAUGCGCUUCUGCGAUGGCCAUUCUCGCACAGUGUGUCGUUCACGAUGUUCGAUCAGACAGUUAUCGCGGAAAAGGCCUGCAACAUCGUGGAGAGCUUCAUACCAGACCCAACCUGGAAGAACUUUCAGCGACCAAGUCGCGAGCCUGACUCUCUCGGUUUCGGCUUUCCGAGAUUCGUCUCCCACGAGAUGGUGAAGAAACGACAUUUCGUCAAAGAUGAUACAAUGUUUAUUCGAGUUAAAGUGGAUCCUAGUAAAAUUGUAGCGGUCUAA